GCCGCCUGCCGCCGCUGUGUAGCAGGCCUGGCUAAUCGAUGCGAGAUCAGUUCAGGGGAGGUCCCAAAAUAGCCCUGGACCGCAGCUGAGAGGCUUUGACCAGUGCUCGGAGGAAUAACGGAUAGACACUUUCUGUUAAUGUGAAGAAAUGUGAGAAAUGUGAUUAUUAAAGCCUCCUCCACACAAAAUGAGCAACACACCAAUCCAGGACCCAGCUGCACAGGGACUGUCCUCAGUCCCAGGCAGUGGGUGGACAUUACCCAGUCGACCCUUACAGCCAAUCUCUGAUUCCUCAACUUCAAAACGAGUGUGUUUCUACAAAAGUGGUGAUUAUAAAUUCAGCGGGCAUCGCAUGGUCAUCAGUGCCCGCACCUUCAAGUCAUUUGAUGCUCUGCUGGACGCUUUGUCCAAGAAAGUGCCUCUGCCAUUUGGAGUAAGGACCAUCACCACACCUCGAGGGACCCACCUGGUUAAAGGCCUGGAUGACUUACAAGAUGGAGGAGCUUAUGUGUGUUCCGAUCAGAGGCGAGUGAAGCCCUUAAACUUGAAUGAAGUGAACCGUCAGCAGAUACGGUGGAACACUACCAGACCCCUCAGUGCAAGGCGGCAAAGACGUCUUCCCCUCAGUCAGUCUGGCAGAAGGAACGUGUUGGUGACAUCUGCCAACAGGUCCACAAAGGUCAACAGAAGGGUGGCAGUGCGGACACCAAAGAGGUUCAUGGUCAUCAAGAAUAAGGAUCCCACUGUUAAAUGCACAAUAGUGUUGCACAGAAGAACAGCACCAACGUUUGAUGCUUUGCUGGAUUACCUCUCUGAGAUCCUGCAGUUCCCAGUCCUGAAACUUUUCUCCACUGAUGGCAGAAGAGUUGACGGUCUUGCUGCACUUAUCCUCUGCUCUGGUGUUGUUGUGGCAGCGGGCAGUGAGCCAUUCAGAUUAGGAAAUUACGGUUUUCACAGAACCAGCCAGAUGGCACAGGUCAUGCACACAGAAACUAUGGAGACGUCUAUGUUGCAGCCCAGAGCUUCCAAUGAGAACAACAAGUCUUUCUCAAGUAGAAAAGGCAUAAGAAACUUCUCCUUAUCAUCAGAACAAUAUAUUGUCAACCAGAUAAACAAGUCUCAAAAUGGAGGCAUGAACAGCCCCCUGCAUCGCUGCAACGGAUCAUUUGAAACAGAAGUCAAUCAGCAUCACACAUCCGUCGAAACUUGUCUGACUGGCAGAGUAGAAAAUGAGCAUCAUAAUUGCAUCUUACCUCAUGAAGAUGACAUUGAAAAGUCCUUCCGUGUGAAUCAAGAUGGCAGCAUGACUGUAGAAAUGAAAGUGCAUCUGACUAUUAAAGAGGAGGAAAUGCUCCACUGGACGACCACUCUCAGCCGCGCUAGCCUGAGCAAGAGGACAGUUCAUGCCUCCGUUUCAGAGUCAGGAAACAGCUCCCCCGCCUCAAACAGUGCCGUUGCCAAAACCUCUUCUCGUAUCAGUGACGAUGUCACUAAAGAAGAGAACCAUCCCGCUGGAUCUGGAAAGGGCGUGUGCUUCAACGGGGAGCAAGUAUAUGGGGACAACACCUCAAAGGCUUUGAGAAAAGUAAAAUCAAGUAUCAAACGUGCUCCUACACCAGGCCCUCGCCGUGUUCGGAAGGCUUCUGUAGGGAGUGUGAAGAAGACAGAGUCAGGGGUCAAAGAGAGAAGCCUGGGACAUUAUUCCUACAUGGAGAGGACAGCUGAUGGUGAGACAACGGAAGGAUACUGUGUUGUUAGACACAGCAGCAGCAGCAGCAGCAGCAGAAGCAACCGACCAAUCCCAAAUCCUCGAAAAAUGGCACCCGCGGGGGCCACUAACAAAGGCUUCCACUCCUCCGUCAGGUCUUCAGGAGCAGCUGAGGUCCUUCAGAUAGAGAAUAACGGCAUGGAGGUGACAGAAACUGUGAUGUGUAUAUAUGAGAGCCAAGGCUGCUAUGAAAACUAUUUUGCAAAUCAGGAAUGUAGCACAGAUGAUGUGCCUUUGCACGGUCCAAUCACUGCACCAGAUAGUGAACCCUCCUCUGAGACAAGACCACAUUCAUCUAGCAAUGAUAUAGACUUUAGCAGGCAGCCGUCCACCGCUGACUCACUACAGAGACUGAAAGGGGAGAUGUUAUCACUGUCAUCAGAGCCAAUAUAUUCAACACGUGAGAUUACAAACAAUCUGUGUACAAUGAAUGAUAAUGAGACUCCAACAGCAACUAACUCCCAAAUGGAGGGGACUGUACAAAAAGCCAAAACCCCUCAAAGUGGGAAGAAUAAAAAGGUGACUAAACAUGCUAGGAAUGACAGACAUGCGACUUCCAAAAAUAGCAAACGUCCAUCUACUGAUAAACUCAACAACAAUGUUAGUGUAGGGAAAAAGAGUUUGAGUUCAUCGGAAAGUGCCAAAAGUGGUCAACAGAGUAAAGGAGAGAAGAAAAUAGAAAAGUCCCAGUCAAAGAAAUCAAUUAAAGAUGAAAAGACACCCAAGAAAGACUCAGCCUUGCUGGGCAAGGCUGAAAAAGUAAAAAGUACCCUGUCUAAGAGACAAAGCACAGAUAAAUAUAAUGGGCACAAUGUAAAUACUCCAACAGGAAGGCCUCAAAUGAAAAAGAACAUAUCAGACAUUUUACAACCUAGAAGGUCAUUUGGUCUGACAGGCAACAAAACAGUUAGUAAACCUAAAUCUGUGACGCUGUCACCUAAAAAACCUUCAGAGUUUAAUGAGAGUGUUUCAAUGCCUUCCCUAAAUCCUACGCCCUCUGAAAUUCACCAAUAUGUUGAGAACUGGUUGGAGAAUGUCAGCCAAGACCAUGUGCCAUACACAGAGGCUGUCCCAGGUGAAUCAGUGCCUCAGUCAAAGGUUGUGUUUCAGGUAGGAGGUGAUUCUGAAUCUGAUGAAAAGAAUGAAAGUCAAAUUGGUUUAGCCGAACAUUACCCUCUUUCUGGUGUUACUGUACAAAAAUCAGUUCCUCUUCAACGUGAGGGGCCAGAAACGUCCAACCACGAGAAGCCCAACAGCCUUCCUGAUUUCUCAACACAAGUGGCUUCAGUGUUUGGCUCGUCAUUCAAAGCAUUUAUGUCAUUCCUGUCUGUGAUGAUUCUGAGAGAUAACCUAAAAGAGUCUGUUUUGGAAGACGGUAACCAGUCUCGAAGCAGCUCAGAGGCCACGUUAAUGACGCAAUCCCUGCUGAAAAUUUCUGCCAUUGAAGACAAGGAGCAGCAAAACUCAUGUUUGAUUGAAUUGCAAAGCAGAGCAUCUUCUCACUUUACCAAAUGUUGGAAGGAUUUCCAGAUUUUAAGGGAAAGGCUUGAAGUUUCAGAAUCCAAGUUUGCUCUGGACAUUGUCUCAGACGAAGGCGCCAUAUUUGAGGAUCAACACCGAAGCAUUGAUGAGCUGAUGGAGGAGCUGAAUAUGCCGAAAGACCUCAGAGCAGAAAUGUAUUCUACAAUUCAAGAAGCGAAAAGCUUUUACCUGGUGCAGGAGAGCACCUUAGUAGAAACUGAAAGAAACCAGACAGACUCAGUGCUCAGUGCUGAUGGAGCAAAGUCUGCAGAACCUGGCGAUGCCUCUGUAGAGAACAUUACAGAAGACAUUCAGGAAACAGGCCCAGGUGAGAAAGAUUUAAAAGUAUCACAAACAAAAAAACAUGUCACCCUGGAUGUUACGCAACAUGAGUCAGAAGCAGAUGAAGAUGAAGAUCAGAUGGAGGAGGUAAAAGAGCAGGGGGAGGGGGAGCAGGCAGGAGAGGAUGGAAACAAGGAGACAAAUGAAGGUGAAGAGCUGGAAAACAUAGAAAGGGAAAGGGAGGAAGAGGAGGGGACAGUGGAGGCAAAUGAUGAGGCGCAGAAUGACAGUGAAGCAGAAAAAGGAAGUGAUGAAGAAUGUGUUGGGAAGAUGAAGGGAGGGACAGAGGAGGAGAUGACAGAUGAGGAGGGGGAGGAGUUAGAAGAAGGGGAGAAAGGAGUGGUUGAAGAGACAGAUGAGAGAGAGAGUGCCAAAGAGACACAGGAGGGAGAGGAAGGGACGAAUGGAGGCGGAGGAAAGACAGAUGAGGAUGGAAUUUGGGAGGAAGGUACCAAUGAUGAGACCGAAGAUGAAACGGAUAAAUUAGUUGACAAGACAUAUAAAAAGGUUAUUGAAGAGCAGGAGAUAGAAAAGAAUGAGGAGAAGGAAGAAGAGGUGGUGGAGGUUAAUCAAAUGACAGACGAGGAGGAGGAGUUAGAAAACAAUGAUAAUGUGGAGGAGAAAGAGGAAGUGGAUGCAAUUACAGAGGAUGAGGAAGAAGCAGAGAAAGAGGAGUUAGAACAUAGCUUUGGAGAGGAAGAUGAUGAGGAGGAAGACAUGGAUGUGGUUACUGAGCAAGGGAAUGAGGAAAGGGAUCAAAUGGAGCAGGAUAGCGAGGAAAAUGAUGAGGAGGAAGAGGAGGCUGGUGACGCUGAGGUUGAAAAUACAAGGGUGGUCAAAGAUGAGGAAGAAGAAGAGAAUACAAAAGGACUCAAGGAAAUAGAACAUUGUUCAGAGGAACAAUUUGAAGCAAAGGAAGUAGAGAAGUUAGAAACUGAAGAAGAUAUGAAAGUAGUUCAGAAAUUGGCUGAAGAGGAGCGGGAGGAUGAUGACGAAAACCAGACAGAAAAACAACAAUCUUUCUUUGAAAGUAAAGACAAAAGAAAUCUUCCUGGAGAUGAAGACAAUUUUGAUGAUGAUGAUGAAGAUUGUAAAAACCUGCUAGAAGAGGCCUCUUAUUUACAACAGAACAGUAGUGAUCAUGAAAAUGCACAUACUGAACAUAACUCUGAAUCACCAGCCCAGAUUUCCUCUGAGGGGCAGUGUGAGCACGCUAAACAUAGUGGAACAGACAAUGAAUUUGAAACAGAUGAUGAGGAGAGAAACCUCAGCCUAGUACAUCCAGUAGAAAUAUCUCAGGAGUUACUUGACUUUGUCAACUUGGCUCUUCAGACCUCUUCACUUAUAUUCACAUAUGAUGCUUGGGGCAACAUCCGGCUAGAGCCAGAUAAUGCUCGAGUUGUUCCGACUCAAAAACUCAUUAUUCCAAUAAGUAGAAACGACUGUUUGUACGGCUCAAAAUGUCUCCCAAGCCCUAGUACCUCUGAUUUAUCUGAUUACAGGCCAGAAACCUCAGAGAGUGGUGGAUAUAAAACUCAGGAUUCUGUAGAUAUUGUCACAGACAGCGGAGAAGAGGCUUCAACGAGACAGUUUUCGGUCAACAGAGACGAGAACUGCAGAGAAACAAAUGGAGAAAGAGCUACAUCCAAACUAUCACUUGGAAGUGAUGCAGAAUGCUUGCAAAGUUCCAUGUUAAAAAGUGCACAGUGUUUGUCUUCCUCUGACUCAGGCACGAAAGCCUCAAAGGAGGACCUGUCUUAUUUUAGCGGUGAGACCUCAGUAAAGGCAGACAUUGAAGAUGUCCCAGAAGCCACACAGUGUUGUUCCUUCACCUCCGAGAAGGACACAACUGAUGGGGUUUUGAUUGACCGAGGGAGGUGGCUGCUGAAGGAGAACCACCUCAUGAGAAGAUCUCCGCCAUUUUCCCAGGGAAUGUACGACGAUGUGGACAGCACCUCCAUGGACACAGGUCAGGAUUCACCGAGUCAUUGUGAAACCAAGCAAAACCCCACAGUUGCCAUAUCCUCAUCAGAGCUCGAGGAGAUGUCAAAGCCUCAAACUCCAAAGUGCAACUACUUCAACAUGCCACAUGGGAGUGACUCAGACCCCUUUUUAGACGAUUCCAGUGUCCACAGUGGGAAGAAGCAAACACUCAGUGUCAAAGGAAGAGACUUCAGGGUGUCGCCUACUAUUGAUACCACCAAAACCUGGCCAAAUAAAAGAGGUAGUCUGUCUUCAUUUGCAUCAGUUGAGUUUAAAAUGCCUGAUGGGAAAGUGCACCCUGAGGGCGAAUCCUCAGCUGCAGCACAGCAGAGACAGACAUCUAGUGGAGGAAGCCAUGUACUGCAAGCACAAGACUCCGUGGACACCCUGCAUGUGAGAUGUGGACAAUACUGUCCCAUUCUAUGAGAAGAAACAGCAUCGUAUGCCAUAGAAAUAUUCAUAUUCACACAUACAGGUGUCAGGCAUGCUUCCUUUAUUAUCUUGUUGCAAUUCAAAUGUUUCAUGAUCAUCAAAUAAUCUUAAACACAAUCUUCUUGUCAGGCUCGACAGAAUCACAGACCUGUGCCUCCAUCUUAAAGUGUCAGUAUAGUUUAAAUACCAUCUCAGUGAUCAAUGUAUGUAACAAUGUUAUCUAUCACCACUAAGUACUUUCAUUUCAUAUAUUGCAGUAUAUCCAAAUAAAUGAUGUAUCAGUUGAAUAAAGCAAAAAAUAAAGCUAUAUUUUUUUAACAUUUUAUUG